ACGCCAUGUUGGAUUUCCCUCGUUGGACUUGAAAAUAGAAAACUUUGUUGUGAGAGUUUGUGCUGAAGUGUGUUGUCGCUGUAAUAUUCUUGAAAACCUUGAUCUGUGACAUCGGCUAUAAUCAUGGCAUCCAGUGCAGGAAAGGGGAAAACGCCCAAAGUGGCCAAGGUUAAAAAUAAAAUGCCGGCAGAAGUUCAAAUCACUGCUGAACAGAUUCUGAGGGAGGCAAAAGAGAGAGAGCUAGAAGCUGUGCCGCCACCCCCAAAGCAGAAGAUCACUGAUCCAGAUGAACUUCAGGAAUACCGACUUAAAAAACGAAAGGAGUUUGAGGACAAUAUACGAAAAAAUAGAUCAGUUAUGACUAAUUGGAUAAAAUAUGCUCAGUGGGAGGAGAGUCAGCGGGAAGUUGACAGAGCCCGGUCAAUCUGGGAGAGAGCAUUGGAUGUGGAUCACAGGAAUAUCACAAUAUGGCUAAAAUAUGCCGAAUUAGAAAUGAAACAUCGUCAGAUCAACCAUGCAAGGAAUAUAUGGGACAGAGCGGUUACGAUUCUACCAAGAGCAAAUCAGUUCUGGUAUAAGUACACUUACAUGGAAGAAAUGCUUGGCAACACGGCUGGUGCCAGACAAGUGUUUGAAAGAUGGAUGGAAUGGGAACCGGAGGAGCAAGCAUGGUUGUCAUAUAUCAAGAUGGAACUUAGAUAUAAAGAAGUUGAUAGAGCCAGACAAGUAUAUGAACGAUUUGUCACCGUUCAUCCAGAAAUAAAAAACUGGAUCCGCUAUGCUAAUUUUGAAGAACAUCACUCGUACAUUUCAAAAGCCCGAAGUGUUUAUGAAAGAGCUGUUGAGUUCUUUGGUGAUGUACUUUUGGAUGAGAAACUGUUUGUGGCAUUUGCAAGGUUUGAAGAGAAACAAAAAGAGCAUGAUAGGGUGAGAGCGAUAUACAAAUAUGCCUUGGAUAAGAUCCCUAAGCAGCAAGCUCAAGAUUUAUUCAAGUUCUACACAAUACAUGAGAAGAAAUACGGUGAUCGGGCUGGCAUUGAAGAUGUGAUUGUUAGCAAAAGAAGGUUUCAAUAUGAAGAGGAAGUAAAAGACUAUGAGAAAACCCGACAAGUGUAUCAAGCUUGCUUAGAACUCAUUCCACACAAGAAGUUUACUUUCGCCAAGCUGUGGUUGCUUUUUGCACAGUUUGAAGUCCGACAGAAAAAUAUCACACAUGCCAGAAAAAUCCUGGGAACCUCAAUAGGAAAAUGUCCAAAAGACAAACUAUUUAAAGGCUACAUAGAAUUAGAACUACAACUACGAGAAUUUGACAGAUGUCGGAUACUGUAUGAAAAGUUUUUGGAAUUCAAUAUGGAGAACUGUACCACAUGGAUGAAGUAUUCAGAGCUAGAAACCAUUCUUGGUGACGUGGAGAGAGCGAGAGCCAUUUAUGAACUUGCUAUAAACCAACCUAAACUGGACAUGCCAGAAGUGUUGUGGAAAGCCUACAUAGAUUUUGAAAUUGAACAAGAAGAAUAUGACAAAACAAGAGAGUUGUAUUGUAGAUUACUGGAGAGGACGCACCAUGUUAAGGUCUGGAUAAGUUAUGCUCAGUUCGAAGCCUCAAUCGGUGACGACCACUGUAUUGCGGCUUCUAGAAGUAUCUAUGAACAAGCAAAUAAAGCACUUCGGAAUGACGAAGAGAAAGAAAAUCGAUUGAUGCUGCUCGAAUCUUGGAAAGAGUUUGAGAUAAACUGUGGUGAUGAUGACAGCUUGCGGCGAGUACAGGAUCAGAUGCCAAAGAAAGUUAAGAAAAGGAGAAAAGUACAGACAGAGGAUGGGUCCGAUGCCGGUUGGGAGGAGUAUUAUGACUAUAUAUUCCCAACAGAUUCUGCCAACCAACCGAAUCUUAAGCUGCUAGCAAUGGCCAAGAAAUGGAAGCAAGGCAACGCAUGAACAAUGUAAAUAGCAAUCGUGUAACGACUACAAUGACACCAUCAUGCAGUGUGGUGCCUAUAUGCAGGCAUACACAUGAUUGGUUUACUGAAACAUUGGCAGUAAGCCCCGAGAUGGCAGAAGACAAUAUGGAAACUCUGGAGUUUAUCGUGUAGAAAUGUCAGUGGAGAGGAAAAAACAGCGGAAAUUGUACAAUUCUUUGAAACUAUUCUGCAAUGAACUAGAUUAUUAGACAUACCAGUAGAUGUGUGUGUGUCCAGCACUGUCUCCACAUUUCUCACGUCAUUUAUUUUGAUACUACUGCCAGGCUUUUCAAUUGUAUAUGUAUUUUUUAUUAACAAAUAAAUGACACAAAAUGGUGUAUUUAACUC